AUGGAGGAGGCGGACGGGCUCGACGACUUCUACAAGCUCCACCAGUUCAAGCCGUCCAAGGAGCAUGCCGUGACCUACUUCCUGCCGCGCCUCCUCGCCGGCUCGCCGCUGCCGCACGGCGCCGACAUGCUCAUCCGCCACGCCGACGUCUACGCCUGCGAGCCCAAGGACCUCGCCGCCGAGUACGCGCCCGUGCCCUCGGCCGUCCGCACCGGCGACCGCUUCUUCUUCACGACGUGCAAGCACAAGAGCGGGAGGGACGUCCGGGUCGCGCGCGUCGCCGGCGCCGGCACCUGGGCCGUCCAGAAGACCGAGAACGUCUACGACGACGAGGGAGCCAAGGUCGGCGAGGUCAAGCACCUGUCGUUCAAGAAAGGCAAGGUGAGCACCGGCUGGGUCAUGGAGGAGUACCGGUGCCUGCGGCCCGAGGCCCUUGUGGCCGACGGGGAGAAGGUGCUCUGCAAGAUCCAUUUGGCUCCGAAGGCGAGCGCCGCCGCCCGCCAGGAAUCCGACGCGUACAAGCUUCGUCAAGAACCAGCACAGCCGCCGGUGCCGCAACCAGACACCGUGACCGCGAGCGCGCACGCGCAGAAGAGGCGAGCGCCGGUCGCCACCGCCGAUCUCGAUCUGUCAAGCUCCAAGAAGAUGCGGGUCGCCACCCCUGUCCAGACACCUGAUGAGAAAGAGUACGAGGAAUGUCCGGUCGUGGUUCACGCCUGCUACAUCCGCUUCCUUGCCAACUGCGUACACCUUCGCUGCUCAAGCUGA